AUGACCAGGGGUGCUUGGAUGUGUAGUCGGCAGUAUGAUGACGGCUUAAAAAUCUGGUUCGCACCCCGGGAGAACGAGAAACCCUUCACGGAUUCGGAGAGGGCUCAGAAAUGGCGACUGUCCCUGGCAUCGCUCUUGUUUUUCACGGUCCUGCUCUCUGAUCACUUGUGGUUCUGCGCCGAGGCCAAAUUCACGGGGACCGGAGAGAAGGAGCAGCCGCCGCCCGAGCAGCCGGAGCCCGCGGAGCCGGAGCUGCUGGCGGGCAUGGGGGAGCCGGCGCCCCCCGCGCCCCGGCUCCUCGCCCCCCCCUCGCCCUCCCUCCCGCCCUCCCCCGGCAGCAGCGGCGGCGGCAGCCGCGGCAGCCGCACCAACGGCACCGAGCCCCGGCACGGCAAGGCUGCUUUCCUGGGGAACUCCACCGCCAGGCCCCUGGAGACGUGCCCCCCCCCGGGCUCCUCGUCCGGGCAGUGCUUCAGCGUGGGCGACGCGGAGGCGGUGUGCCGGCGGCGAGGGGGGCCGGGGCGGCCGCGGGGCGCGGGGCACAGCCCGCCGCCCGGCUGGGACCUGACGGAUUUUUACCUUUCCUUUUGUAAUUCCUACACACUUUGGGAGUUGUUCGCCGGGUUGUCCAAUCCGGACACUUUGAACUGCAGUCUGGAUGUGGUGCUGAAGGGGGAAGGCUCCUGCAGCCAGUGCGUCCAGGCUUACCAGCGCUACGACCAGCACGCUCAGGAGAAAUACGAAGAGUUUGAGGUUAUGCUCCAGAAAUAUUUACAGUCGGAUGAGUACUCGGUGAAAUCGUGUCCUGAGGAUUGUAAGACUGUCUACAAAGCCUGGCUCUGUUCCCAGUAUUUUGAAGUCACACAGUUUCACUGCAGCAACAGAAUUCCUUGCAAGCAAUACUGUUUGGAGGUUCAAACGAGGUGUCCCUUUAUAUUACCUGACAAUGAUGAUGUCAUCUAUGGAGGACUAUCAAGUUUCAUCUGUACAGGGCUCUAUGAAAACUAUCCAACCAAUGCAGAACCAGAAUGCUGUGAUGUCAGAUGGGGACUAUUAUCAGAUCAUCAACCCAAAGGGACUAUAAAAACAAGUGGCUCAACGAUGUGUCACAGGACAUCGCUCACAGUUUCAUCAGCAUCAAGACUGUGUAACAGCAGACUUAAACUGUGUGUUCUUGUAUUAAUUCUCUUACAUACAGUACUUACAGUCUCAGCAGCACAGAACUCAACAGGACUGGGCUUUGGAAGCAUAACAACUUUGGAAGAUAAUUCAACCAAUGAGGAAUAAAAGAAAGGAUUCAUCUUACAUGAUAGAAACACAACAGGCCCAAAUUACUACAGUCAAAAAUAGCAAGGACUGAGUGCUUUACCCUCAGAUUUCUUCUUGAAUGACCUUUUGGGUAAAAUGAAAAGAAUGGGCCGCUACCCAAACAACAAGGACACACAAACACAGCUUUUUAUUGACUAAAAGGCUGUUUGGUGACUUAACUUUCUCACACCAUUUUAUACACUGUGUUUUAAUGUUUGGAGUUUCUUUUUUUUUGUUUGUUUUUUGCACUUGUUAAUACAGGAUUUUAUUUUUGGGACAGUUUCUCAAAGCUAAAUUAAGUCUUUUCUCUGUCGAUAUAUUUCUAGUCAUUGUGUGUGUUCAUCUGAUAGUUCUGUCUUUUAUGUCCUGUCAGUUUCUAUUAGAGGAAUGACUGCUAUGAUUUCAUGACAUAGC